AUGCUUUCAACGACCUCCGAAAGAGGUCGCUUUUGUUUACAUGUUCUAAGGAAUGGAGAAAAAUUGACGGAGGUCCUUCUUAGUCCCAACCCUUCGGGUAAAGUUACAGACGUCGAUCGAUUUCAACAAAUACCAUGGAAUACCAGUGUCCUAUCGAUGUUAUUGAUUUAUUAUGUUACUUGUACUUACAAUGAAUGGGUUUAUAAGGUGAACUUUAGUAUUUUUGUUAUAGAUGUUAUAUUAUAUCCCAAUAUCAUAAGUCUAUUUAUAACCAACUCAAGAACGGCUAAAUCGAUUUUGAUGAAAAUUGGUAGGGAGGUAGCUUAA